UUGUUGAGCAUGCGAAUCCGGUAAAGUGCAUUCAGAGGACCUCGGUGAAUCUCGGCCGGGCUGUGUCUCGGAGUGCCGAUAGUUGAGCGCUGUAUGUUUUUCUGUAGAGCAAUCCGUUCACUUCUCGGAUCCGCGCACGAUGGAUUGAACAUGCUGAUUAGAUUGUGAAAGUCCCUUAUAAGCAGGGGAAGUAAUUAGCUUCCAAUGCUAUAAUUGGCCAUUCUCUGCUAGCACUUGGGAUGUGCGGAAGUGAUUCUAAAAUGCCCUGGCUUGAAGAAGGAGAUCCAGUUAUCGAUAUAAACAAGAGAGUUUGUGUCUUCGCGUCAGUGAUGGGAUGCUAAAGACAGUUACGGCAAGGAUAUAUUCACAAUGAUUAUGCAGACUUCUCUGAGCGUGUGUACGUGCCUUAUAUUAUUCAUCAUUUCAGAAACAGCUGGUCGGUGCGAGUUCAAGCAUCGACUGAGGGACAAAUGGUACUUUCAAGGACAGAAUCGAAACACAUUUAUUCGGAUUCGUCGAUCAGCUGUUCAGUUCCACGCGGACAGGAACCACAGGAUCCGUUAUAAGUGCGUCGAGAGCAGAGGGAAUAUUUACUUAAUGAGGAAGAAUCGGUUCGAGCCCAGCAAGGAUGGCGUCUUGUGUAUCGGGUUUAGCUAUCUGGCGGAUCACCCUAACGCCGAGUUCAGCCUCGUCCGACUCAUGUCCCCGGGGGUCUCCUCCCACAUCAUGAGUCCCAAGGUCAUCGGCAGGGGGUCAAGGAUCAACAUCGACAACUCGUGUGAAUUUCUCCAAGGUCACGACCAGAGACUGUACACCUUCAUCAAGAGACGCAGUCCCGGAUGUAAGUUUCCCUCCAAAUUGCUCGGCGACUGGAACUACACAUACAGACAUGCGCACCACCUGACGUUCGCCCAAAGCAACCUGACGCUCCAGCUCCUGAACGGCGAACGCUACAUCUUCUACUGUGAUUCGCGGGACAGGGACAAUUUCGUCAUCAGAAAUGUUGGCUACAGAGGUACCGACAGGGACGCCAUCAUGUGCAUGAGACUCGACCCCUUGGAGGAGGACCCCUUCUACGACUUCCAGCUCUCCAGAACCAACAGUGGGGCAGAGAUGGACGGGAAGCUGAUGCUGGUUGAACGCGGGAAGCGCGUGCUGCUGCACACGGACUGUGAUUGGCUGGAUAGUCCCGCCAGACCGGAAUAUAUCUACCCCUUAUAAGGACAGAAGGACAUGGACAAUUUGGCGUGGAUUGAUCAGGCGGAUAGUGUCACACACAAGACAGGAGACACACAUCAACCUGAGCGUGAUUUGGAGAUGAACUGUCCUGUGUCUCUGACGGACGUAUAUGUAUGAUGCAAACUGACUGCAGCUUACUUUGUAAACACUGACUGUCACGUGAAAUAGUUGCUGUAAAUACCGCUGUGAACACAACACAUUCAUACUUAACUCAUUGAUAUCCGCGAACAAAGGGAUGUCAACAAAGGUAGACAAGUAUGAAAGAAAGCACAGGGACUUGUUCGAGUCCGUGUUUCACAUCCUUUUAUCAUGUCACUGUCACAUAUUCAUAUUCGGGAAUAUAACAUUUUAUGCAAUGUGGAGGCUAGUUAUGUAUAGUACAGGUACGUCACGUUGUUUUGUUUUUGUUUGAAUGCUGUGGCAUAACUUGUUUCCAGGAGUUUUUCAGACUGUACAUUAUAGCAGUAGAUGUGUGUUAUGAUCCCGUUAUGAUUGUCUUUCUGUUCUUUACUUAGCAUUUUGUAUAUUGGCACAUGAUUUGUAGGCGUUUGUAAAUAUUACUGUCAUGUUCAAUUUGUAGAAAUAUACAGAAAUGUUAAUUGAAUAAAGAAAAAUAAAGCGGUA